AUGAUUCACAGGAUGCUCAAUAAGCAAGCUGUGCUCCGGAAUCUGUCUGUUCUGGGAUUACCCAAGUCAGUCGGGGCAGUUACUUAUCUUGGUGGCCUAUCAAUAAAACAUAUUAUUCCUGCAAGAAGAUGGCUCUCCGUGAGCUCUGUGCGUUCCGAAAAGACGUCAAAUCGUGCAAGAGAACUGAUACAAUCCAAAUUAUCACUUGAUGGCAAAGUCACAGUCAUCACCGGGGGAUCUAGAGGCAUCGGGUUGACUUUAGCAAAGACGGCAGCGGCACUUGGAAGCGACGUGGCUAUUCUAGAUUUGCAAGAGCCCGAUACCAGUCUCGCCCAGCUUGAGAAGGAUUAUGGUUCUCGAUUUAUCUUUCAAAGAAUGGACGUGACCUCAGAGCAAGGCAUGGAGCUUGCUUUUAGCAACGUGGUUGACGAGUUGGGCAACUUGGACAAUUGUAUCACUUGCGCCGGCGUUGCUCUCGACAAGCCUUUUCUUGAACACACUUGGCAAGAGUCUCGUCGUAUUCUGGAUAUCAAUGUCCUUGGGUCAUUCUUUUCCGCUCAAUUAGCCGCAAAGCAAAUGGUCAAGCAGGGCAAUGGCGGAUCGGUCGUUAUGAUUGCCUCCAUCGCUGCGCAUUGUGCCAUACCCGCCCAGCGAGUGUCUAUUUAUGGUGCCUCAAAGGGGGCCAUCAAGCUACUUGGUAAAACACUUGCAGUUGAACUGGCCCCUUUCAACAUUCGUGUUAAUACCAUUUCUCCGGGGUUUAUCGAAACAAAGAUGUCAGCUCAAUUUGCGGAUAUUCAGGAAGUUUUCAGAACAACACCACCAAUGAAGCGUAUUGGACAACCUGAGGAUCUGGCUCUAGCAGUCGGAUAUCUCUUGGGAGAAGGGGCUUCCUACACAACAGGAACAGACAUUGCGGUUACUGGUGGCCUGCAUAAUGGUCGGAUCGAAGUUUAG